AUGAUAGGCGUGGACAGACAACGUCGCGCCCGUCGUCACAUUGCAAACGUGCUUAGAGAUCUGCUCGCCGAUGUUGCAGAGGGGAGACAGGAAGCCAGCGAGCCACGCUUCUUCCGCCGUCGUGUCAUUCACCAAACGGCCGCGGGCAGGAAUUGUUCGCCCCACCCGCUGCGUGUGGACACCACCAUGAAGUUUCCGCUGCCCAAGAAUAUCUUCCCACCGCUGGAACUUUCGGACAACCAGGAGCAGAGCUACGAGCAGCUCGCCAAUGCGCUCAUUAAGGCCACACUCACCGAGUAUGACCAGUUUGUCAUGCACGACCGCAAGCGCGUGGACACCAAGCGAUGGAAAACUGUGCGCACGCGCGACGGCGUGUCCAUCUAUCGGGAACGAGUCAUAGACGGCGUGCGGCAGCCGGAUCAGGCUCCGGCCACUCUCGCGCUGUAUCAAAGCGCCAUCUCCGCGGCCAGCAGCCGCCCCAGUCAGAAUGCACGCCGGUCAGGUCCUUUGACCUCUGACACCAUAUCUCUUAACAGCGGACGCGGCUUCAUGCCUCCGUCACCCAAGAAAACCAAGGGCACGGACCCCACCGAAGACAGCCGCGAUACAACCGGCAACGACAGCUACAGCAGCGGCGGCUUGCUGUCGGAGCCACGUAUCACAACCGCGGCCUUUUCCAGCACUGACGAUGACACUGCUAGCUCCGGGUUACCGAGAUUACUCGCCGUGGGUAACCUGCGUGGCUCCCUUGACGACGUCAUGUACGGCGUCGUGUCACCUAACGCAUCGUCCGUUCGCCUCCGCAGCUCGUAUCUUGGCGAGCACAUCGCCGACUGCGCUGUGCUGCGUGAGAUCAAGAGUCCGUCACCUGCCGACCCGUUCCGUUUUCUGGGUAUCAAGUGGUUCGUGCGCGCUAAGCACCGCGGCGCUGCACGCAUCGUCCUUCCCCGUGAUUUCAUUGUCCUGGAGUUCUCCGGCGUGAUGAUGCGUCCCGACAACUCCCGCGUAGGCUUCCACCUCAUGCACUCAGUGGAUAUCUCCACAUGUCGUGAACUGCACGAGCACCGUAUCCUGCGCGCAAAGGUGUCGAGCUGCUAUAUUUUCGAGGAGACGGGCAACAACCGUGUACAGGUAUACAUGACGGCUUCCGUUGACCCGAGUGGGCAUGUACUCAACCGUAUGGCCGUGCGGUCAGCGGCAACGGCGCUUAGCAACUGCUGGAAAUCUGUGUCCUGCGCACAUAACAAGAAGCUCGCAUUCUGUCUAGAAAAUGAACGUCCGUCCACAAUGGGAACCAGUGGCAUCACUUCGUCUCGAGGUGGCCACGCACUAUUAAGCGCCAGCGUUGUCAGAUCGUCUCGAGGCGGACUCUCCGCGCUUACCCCAGUGAACGAGUCAAGUUUGCGCGAAUCGAGCGCGAUGGAGCCUGUAUCUCAACGCAGCAACUACAGCUCCACAACUCUACGCCGUCAGUGCGGUGUCUGCCGCGGGAAACUGGGCGUGCUGUCCAAGUCCAUUUCGUGUCAACUGUGCUGCGAACAGAUCUGCAGCCGCUGCCGCAUUGUGCGUAAGCUCAGCAGUAAUACUCUGAAUUCGCAGGUCACACAGUCGUCCAUUAACUUUUGCAAAAAGUGCGUCGCCAGUGUUAGCGAUGAGAGUGCUCUAGAGAUCGCUCGCCAGGAGCUUUGGGUCCGCGAACGUGGCCGUACGCGUGCAUCUUCGGCGAUCUCCAGAUCGACUAUGAGAAACAGUUUCUCAUCGGAAAGGAACACGUACGCUACGGUGGUGCUCGGCCGAGGUAGCGACAUGAACAGCCGCGGUAGUACUGCCACUAGCAGCCUCGGCUUCAGCCGAGGCCCCAGCAGCUUUAGCCGUGGUACGAGCAGCUUCAGCCAGAGCCGCGGUCCUCAGCAAGAGGAAUCAGCUCUAGGCUACUCGGUUGGUCCCCGUCCAUCCACGUCGACCCGGUCCUCGACUCCACUGCAACGCCCCAGCUCGGGUGCCCGAUUGUCGAAGAACUUCGUGCUCACCACGCUCAGUACGAGCGCUGGUCCCUUGUCAAGCAGUACGCUGACAAAUGAUGUGCUGUCGCUCGCCGACCUCGGCAGGGACAGCAGCAGCAUCCGCCAUAGUAACAAGAACAAGGCUGCAGCUGCUGAACACGACAAAACUGAAGGCGAGGAGCCUGUAGUGCUCGAUCACCGCAUGACCAUGACCAUCCGCAGCCUGCGUCACCUGGACUAUGUCUUGUCGGUGGGUGAACAGGACCUUGUAGACGAGCUUGAGAACGAGGACUUUGGGUCAGAAGACUAUGGGGGAUUCGAGAGCGGUGACGACGGUGAGGGGCGAUCGAGUUACGCGUCGUCGGUAGCUGUGCUGGACGAUAACUACGAAACGUGUGAUACUCCUACGAGCGACGCGCCUCAAUCGCAGCGCGAGUCUCCAAUCGUCGAAGGAGAAGAAGAUGAAGAUAGUGACGAAGAAGUGAAUGAUGUGGAGCAGCCAAAGGAUGAUGAGAACUCAGCGGAGCAGGAGCCCGACGAGAAGGCUGUCGGGAGUCCACAAGAGAAGAGGAACCAACGCCCCCCGGAACAGACUCAGGACGAUACGGAACAGCUGCCUACAGAGGCAUUGGAAAAAUCCGUGGUGAUGGCAAUGCCGGUUCAUGAGAAUGACGACCAGCAAGACGAGACAGCGGCUGGGGAUGUGAAGGUGGUGGAAGCUGCGCCCAUCGCCGAAGUGCACGCCAUGAUGUUGUCCCAGUACGAGAUGCCGAAGUCCAAGCCCGAGCCGGAGGAGGACCCGAAGCCGCGCCUGCACCGUGCACACACGACGGUCCCGUCCUCCGACGGUGAAGCAAACUAUCAGCACCAGCUUUUCCAGCAGAUGCAGGACCUUCACAACGUGGUAGAGUCGACUUACCAGGUGGCACGAGCGAACACGGAGGCGGCAUUCAAGGAGCGCGACAGUGGCCGCAUGUCCAAGGCGUCACCGGACGGCACGACAGGAAACCUUCGCGGCGUACGGACAUUCUCUCAACCGUUCGCUUUUAACGUGGUGGGUCUGCGCUCGACGCGUGCUAUGACCGUCGGCAUUGAGAAAUAG